UAUAUAUAUGAGGAAAUUGGAUUUUCUGUUGUUUAUGAUCUAAAUCAUAUCUAAUUCAAAAGAGUCAAUCAGCAUUCUCAAGAUGGUUUUCUUGUUGUAAAAUAGAAUUAUUAAUUGUAAUUGAGUAGUUAUAUAAUUGUAAAAGAUUUAAUCUAAUAAAUUUUAACUGAAACUAUUAAGUACUCAGUUCCACUUUCUAACAUGGAAUUGCUUGUAUGCUAGUUUUUUGUAGCAUAUCAUCGCCUUUUGGCAUUUUUUUCAAUAGUUGAGCUGAUUUUUUUAAACCAAAACAUUUGAAAACACUCCCAGUUCCAAAUAACUGUGUAUCUUAUUUCAUCUAUAUAUACUAUACAGUAGGUACACAAACCGCAAGGUGGUCACACCUAUAUGGCGAUGAGCACUUUUCCUCUCGGCUCACAAAAGAGCCUGUCCCCUCGCAGAGUGCUCACUUUACGCUAGAAGCCACCGGUCAAAAUAUGCUGACUUUAUGGUCUUUACUGUUGUAUACUUUUAUUCCUUUGAUUCAAUGUACUGGUUAUUUGGAACUUCGACUGACAAGUCCUUAUGUUCGAGUUCUCAAUGUUUCUGUAGAGCUAGCAAUUGGAUCUGAAAAAAGUUUCUAUAAAGUUCCACUCUCUCCAUAUUAUGAAUUGGCUAUAACAAAUGUUCCAAUUGAAUUCGAUCAACCUGCAAGUAUCAUAAUAAGAAGCGGUCCUGUGAAGGAAAUUGGAUUAACCGAUUUUGUAGUUAGUCCAAAAAUAUUUUCCACUCGAAAAAUGUCAAUAGUGCCUCCAAAAGCUGGACUUCCAUUCAGUGGAUUUCGAAUCGAUAUAAAAUGUGAUACAAACUAUUUCGGAGCCCACUGUGAACAUUUCUGUGAUGAGGAGCAAGCAAGAUCAAUGGGUCGAAGAUGUAAUAUCCUUGGAAAUAUUGGUUGUCCAAUUGGAGUCCGUGGAUCAAAAUGUGAUAUUGAACUUCCAAUUGAUAGUGGAAUCUGUAAAUGCAUGAAUGGCGGAAAAUGUGUGAAUUCGUUUGAUUCGAAAUUAACCGCAGAUUUUCCAAUCUGUGAGUGUCUGAAUGGAUUUGAAGGAGCUGCUUGUGAGAAACAAAUGAAAAUUUUUGAGCCGAAAAUCUCAACUCGCCUUUUUGAAUCAACUGCUCGAUUCCAUGAUUUGGCAAAUGUUUCCGUUAAAAAUCAAUUGUACGAUGAUAAAAUGGAUAUUUAUUCAAAACAUGUCGCACCGUCUUUUCAUGUUUUGCAACAAGGUGCACUAAAUGGAAAAGCUCUUCGAGCACCUAAGAAGCAGAAAAACACAAUUAUAUUUGAUCCAGUAACUCUUUCAUUUCAUCCAACUAAACCAAUAUCCACACCAUAUUUCCCAAAGGGGCGACCUGUUAGACUAAAUUCACAGUCGUAAUAUAGGGUUUUAAAAACUGAAAAUUCUGUGAGGUUUUUUUUAAUGUAAUUUCUAAAAUAUUAUACUUUUUCGUUUACUUUGAAGCAUCUCCCACACGUGUAUUCUUCUUCCUUCCAGUUUUUCUUUUAUUUAACAUGGUUUUUAUUGAUAAUUAUUUGUAUAGUUUUUUCAAAUCAAUAGCUAAUAAAGUAUCAAAAAUGAA